CUCUGAGCUGGACAUAAAAGGGUCUUUUUUGGCCCAUUACAAUGAGAUUAUGUCAGCAAUUUUUUGGGGAACUAUGCAGAGUAAUAACUGACCAAUAUUCCUGAGAAGGCAAUGUCCUAACACAUCAUGUGUGUAUUUCAGGAAGGUUGCUACAUAUGCAUUGCUAAUGAGGAAAAUUCUGGAUGUCCCUCCCAUCCCAUCCAGAUGGCUUCCAAUGACCCUGACCCUGGCCUUCCCCCUUCCGACCCCCCUGGGAACCCUCAGCCCGGUGACCUCAUCGAGAUCUUCAGACCGGCCUAUCAGCACUGGGCUCUGUACCUCGGUGAUGGUUACAUCAUUAACCUGACGCCUGUGGACGAAGGCCAGGCAGCGGCCAUGUCCAGCGUGAAGUCUGUGUUCAGCCGCAAGGCCAUCGUGCGCAUGCAGCUGCUCAAGGAGGUGGUGGGCAGCGACUCGUACCGCAUCAACAACAAGUACGACGACAACCACACCCCGCUGCCCGUCUCCGAAAUUAUCGACCGCGCCCAGAUGCUCAUUGGCCAGGAGGUGUCGUAUGACUUGCUAGGCAGCAACUGCGAGCACUUUGUCACCCUGCUGCGCUACGGGGAAGGAGUGUCUGAGCAGGCAUCGCGAGCGAUCGGGGCCAUCAGCCUGGUGACGGCAGCCGCCAGCGCAUUCUCGAUGCUGGGCCUGAUCAACACGCGCUCGAGAAACAGGCCUUUCUGAGCCCCUCGCUGACCCGCCGCAUCGAACCCUCACUAAGCUACCCCCUCUUGUGCUACAGAUCAGGCACAUGAUACAUUUCAUAAGACACACAUUGUACGAGAAAUGGGGGGAGGAUCUGCUUGUAACGGUUUGCUGUGCUGCCACUUAAUCCAAACAGUCCCUGUUCAGUCAUCAUUAACGUUGGAAUUUUGUUGUGUGAGCCGUCACAAAAUUAUUAAUUUUUUUUUUAACUACUUACGGGCCUGAAAGUAGUACUCGAAAAAGUGUUACUUUGAAAAAAUGAAACGGACAAAUCUAUUCGAUGAUUUUUAAAAACAGAACAUAUGUUUUACUAGUUUGAAAACUCUGGCCUGCGAUGUUUGUCAUCUCCAUGAAGUGGAGUAGUGGUGAAGGAACUUAGACUCAGGGUUGCAGAUCCUAGUCUCUCAAGGGGGUACUAGUAUUACCUACGAGCAAUUUAUGCAACGUACAUUUCCAGCGUCUUACAUGGCAAGAGUUGAUAUUGUGAACUUAUUAAAACAGUUCUUUUUACCAUUAGGCUGCUGUGUCUCCUGCAGGGACUGCCCAGUAAGAGGGCACUUGAGGACACUGGAAAACAUUCAAGCCACUAAAACAUGAGAGUUUCAAUUGGAAUUCUUUGCCUUUUUGCCUGGUUAUCCAAAUGCCUUAAAUUAAUACUUGCAGUUUGUUACCCUUAGUAAUUUCACCAAUUUGGUCAUCUGGAGAGCAUCAACAUUACAAUGGAACUUUAACAUGGACUGGAAUAUUUUUUGAAAAACUAUGCAUUUUCCAUCUAAUCAACAGGAUCGCAACAAUAAUACCUCCUGAUGUUGAAACAAGCCAUCAUCUCCUGUUCACUUUUACUGUUCAAAUGAAUGCAAAUAAAUCCAGACUUUGUAAAUACCUUGCAUGGGUCCUGUGUGCCUUAUACAACUUCAUCUUUAAGGACUCGACCCAAAAGACAAUGUAUGAAAUCCAUCAACUAUCCGAGAAACCAAAAUUAUAGUUCCAUAAAACUGUCAAAGCUUUACUAUUUGUGGUCUUUCAGGCAACAUCCCAAUUUUCCACAACACCAUGAAAGCUGUUAACACUGAAAGGGUCACAUGAU